AUGGCAUCUCCAAUUCCCCGUGGUCUCAAGCAGGUGUUGCAGAAGACUCCCAAUGACAUCGUCAUACUCUCUGCCCUGCGAACGCCAGUGACUCGCGCCAAAAAGGGCGGCUUCAAAGAUGCCUAUCCUGAAGAGCUCUUGUCCCAUGUACUCCGGGCCACACUCAAGGCCAAUCCCAACCUCGAUCCGGCUCUGAUUGACGAUGUGACCAUCGGCUCGGUGUUGCAGGAGCUCGGUGGUGCAAAGGCUGGCCGCAUGGCUCAGAUUCACGCUGGAUUCCCUCACUCAGUACCAUUCAACACUGUCAACCGCCAAUGUUCGUCAGGUCUGGCCGCAAUUACAGCGGUGUCUUACGGUAUCCGCGCAGGCGCGAUCAAUGUUGGUGUUGGUGGUGGUAUGGAGUCCAUGACCCGCAACUACGGCUCUCGAGCCAUCCCGACAGUCCUUUGGCCGGAACUGAAGGACUCUUACUCCAAGGAUGCUCGUGACUGCAUCAUGCCCAUGGGAAUUACUUCAGAAAACGUUGCCUCGCGCUACGGCAUUUCCCGCGCGGAUCAGGACGCUUUUGCCGCCGAGUCACACCACAAGGCGUCCGCUGCGCAAAAGGCCGGCCGCUUCGACAGCCAGAUUGUCUCCGUCAAUACCAAGUCGUACUCUGCUGAACACCCGGAUGCGGCUCCCGAGGACAUCACCGUUUCCCAGGACGACGGUAUUCGGCACAACAUCUCAGUCGAGAAGAUGGCCUCGCUUAAGCCCGCCUUUUCUGCGGAUGGUGCCAGUACCGCUGGUAACAGCUCACAGGUGAGCGAUGGCGCCGCUGCGACUUUAUUGAUGCGCCGAUCUACUGCGGAGGAGUUGGGACUCUCAGGAUCCAUCAAGGCGCGUUGGGUGGCUACGGCCGUGGCAGGAUGUGCGCCCGACGAGAUGGGUGUCGGUCCCGCCGUGGCGAUCCCCAAGCUGCUUGAGAGCACCGGACUGAAGGUUCCUGAUAUCGGUGUCUGGGAGAUCAACGAGGCUUUCGCUUCACAGGCUUUGUACAGCAUUCGCAAGCUGGGUAUUGACCAGACCAAGGUCAACCCCAACGGUGGUGCGAUUGCUAUCGGUCACCCGCUCGGUGCUACUGGUGCCCGCCAAGUUGCCGACUUGUUGCCUGAACUGGAGCGCAGCGGCCAGGAUAUUGGUGUUGUGAGCAUGUGUAUUGGCACUGGUAUGGGCAUGGCCGGUAUGUUUGUGCGGGAAUAG